UACGGUGUAGAAGGAGAAAUUUCGGUUUGUAGCUUUCCGGAGGUCCAGAAAUGGCGGGAAUAACUCUACUGUUGGAUCUGUUUAAGAAGAAUCCGAACUUCUCAAUCCAAUCCCUCCAUUCUUACGGGCUAUUCUCUGCCACUGCAGCUGCUUCCGCUGCCGCCGCUUCCAUCACUGCUGGAAGGCCUUUUGCUUCCAGAUUUUUAUUUGGUGAUGGUGGAACCUCAGUUGCCUUUUGCGAUUGUGAUGUUAGCCCAGCCUGGACCGAAGAUUACAUUGCUAAUCUGCAUAGUGCUUCCAAAAAUAUCUUUCAAAACGAUUCUCUCAAAUACAGCACCAAGGAGUACCCUAUAGAGCUUAAACCUUUGUUCUCAGCUUUUGGAUUGAAGACUCUUGCGAUAACAUCAUUGAGGUCCUUCUUAUUCUUUUAUUUGCCUCUCUUGGAACCUCAUACAAACAUAGAAGAUGAUGAUGAUUUCCUACAAGAUGAUCUGGAAGUGAAGCACAUUGACUUGAUUGUUCCCUUGAAGAAGUCAGUGAAGCAAAUAAUUCGUGAGACCACUGUUGUUACUACUAGACGAGUACUGGAAAGACUUGCUCUGCAUUAUGUUUCACAACGAGUGGCAUGGAAGCUUCUAAAAGAUGUUCCUAAAUCAGCCAAGCGCAAGGCCGAAAGAGGGAUGCCGACUUUACUGUUCUUCUAUAGCAUCAGCAAAACAACUCUCAGAGGACAUUUCUUGGGGGUUGCUGCAUCGUGGAUUGUCCAAGUUGGAAUUGAGAUACACCGGUGCUUCUCUUAUAAGGUUGCUAAUGGAGAACAUGUUGAUAUGGUAGAAUGUGUCAAGAUUCUAAGGAAGAAGGUUUCUGGUGCAACUAUUAGGUGCGGCUCAUCAUUAGCUUUUGCGUCCAUUGGAGCCGGGAUUGGUACCAUGCUCCUUCGUCCUUCCGUUGGGCAGUGGAUUGGAUGUACUGUUGGAGAUAUAGCCGGACCUGUCAUUGUCGCAGUUUGCCUCAAAAAGGUUCUUCCUUUGGACAUUUGAAGUACAUACACCAGCUUCUGGUGUAUUUCCACACUUUUGAUUUUCUAUUUGCACUGAUCUUGAAUUUGCUCAAUGCCCUUUCCGGCAAAGUAGCAGCUACCAUAGGCUAACUUGAGCCAUUCUUCGAGAAGAAUUGCAGCUACUGUAGAGUAACUCCAAGGUAGUCUCUUCGCUUCCUCUUAUAUCUUGUGUAGAAAACUAACCACGCUGAAGAACUGGUGUUGGUGCGGCCCCCAU